GCUUUAGUUGACAACAAUGUUUCGCAUCUUGAUCGGGUUGUGUAUUAUUGGAGCAUCGCUAGCGGAUCCCGUUUUCCACAGCGGUGUGCCCAUGCCUGAUGGACGCAUUGUUGGUGGCGAGGAUGCGGACAUUCGUGAAUUUCCCCAUCAGAUUUCCAUGCGCUACAGAGAAAAUCAUAGAUGUGGCGGUUCUCUCGUCGCAAGCAACAUUGUCGUCAGUGCAGCCCAUUGUUUAAGUACCUUGAAAAGUGCGGAGAAUCUCACGAUCGUUGCUGGCUCUACGACAUUAUUCCAACUGAGUCCAAGUAGUCAGACGCUGCCUGUACGAAAAUUCAUCAUUCAUGACAAGUACAAGACCUUUAACAAUGACAACGAUGCCGCUAUUCUGUUCCUGGAUGGAGAUUUCGAGUUCAACGAGUUUGUUCAGCCCAUUCCACUGGCCAAGGAACGUCCCGAGAACGGUACACCCGUCUUUGUAACGGGUUGGGGUGUCACUAAAGAGAAUGGACUCUUGCCUAACAUACUCCAAAAGGUGGUAGUGAAAGUGGUCGAAAAUACGACUUGCAAAAAAUCCUACCCGAUUCUGCUAACCGGCAAUAUGUUGUGUAGUGGCGAAGAUGGUGGCGGCAAGGAUGCCUGCCAGGGUGACUCUGGUGGUCCACUGAUCUACAACAAAGAACUGCUGGGCAUUGUUUCCUGGGGAACAGGAUGUGCUCGUCCAAAAUAUCCGGGCGUUUAUGCUUCCGUGCCCGAAGUGCGUGGCUGGAUAGAAAAGACUAUCAAGGACAAUGAGGAUUUUGGUAGCAUUGAUUUCCUGUAAAGGAGUCCAUUUUAAUCUACGAGUAAUAGAUGCAAUAAAAACCUUGUGAUGAUA